UAAUGUUACUGAAAUGAGAGAGAAGAAGAAGAGGAGGAAGAGGAGGAGAAGGGACGCGACCAAGGAGAUUUCUUGGCACUCUGCAUGUUCAUACCAGGUUUGCAUUCUGACCUGCAGGCCAAUGUAAGUCGUGUUGAGUGACUGCGUGUGAAAGAGGGACCAUCACCAUCCUCAUGUCCAAUGGAGGAGGCUUUUACGGACGCACUGAGCGUGUCCGCCAGUCGCCCUACUAUGACCAGGUACCACAAGACACCUUACCCCGAUCAGACUCCUACGAUCUGCAGCCGCUGAGGGAGCAGAGAGCGCCUCGCCUUGCCCAGAGCGCCGACCCCCUCCCUCCGCCGCCGCUGCCUGACCUGCCUCCCGUGGGCCCAGAGUUUGAUCCCAGCGGCAGCGAGGACAACGAAGACCUGGACCACGACCCGGCCCUCGACAUUAAACCGGUCCACCGCUUCAUCCCAGACUCCGUGAAGAACUUCUUCAGAGGAAGUAACCGCAGCAGUAAGCCGCCGUGGUCGAUGCCGGGCUCCUCAUGUAACAACAACAACAGCACCACUGAGGGGGUGCGCUGCUCUCCUCCACAUUCCCCCUCUGUCCCGGGAUCAUACCGAGAUCCGUAUGGCGGCUCAGGCAGCAGCUACAACUCGCGCAAGGAGCUUCUGGAGCUACACGACGCCCAUGAGUCCGUGUCAGGGCGCACCCACCACACAGGUCUGACCUACAGCGAGCGAGUGGAGGAGUACCAUCAGCGCUACGCCUACAUGAAGUCCUGGGCGGGGCUGCUGAGGAUUCUGGGAUGUGUGGAGCUCCUGCUGGGAGCAGCCGUGUUCGCCUGCGUCUGUGCUUACAUCCACAAAGACAACGAGUGGUUCAACAUGUUUGGAUACUCGUCUCCUGGAGGAGCGUAUGGAGGAUUAUAUGGUGGCGGUACAGGCGGGUACUACUACUCCGGCCCCAAGACGCCGUUUGUGUUGGUGGUGGCGGGGCUGGCCUGGAUAGUGACUGUGAUCAUGUUGGUGCUGGGGAUGACCAUGUACUACCGCACCAUCCUGCUGGACUCCAACUGGUGGCCUCUGACUGAGUUUACUAUCAACCUGGCGCUGGCAGUGCUGUACAUGGCAGCAGGCAUUGUCUAUGUGCGAGACACGACCCGCGGAGGGCUCUGCUCCUACCCGAUGUUCAACAAUGGCAUCAACGGGGCGUUCUGCAGAACAGAGGCAGGCCAGACGGCUGCCAUUAUCUUCCUGUUUGUCACUAUGGUGGUGUAUCUGAUCGGAGCCAUCGUGUGUCUGAAGCUGUGGAGACAUGAAGCUGCACGCAGAUACCGAGAGAAGUACGGCCAGGAGAUGCAUCCACCCGACCAGCGUGCUGCACAGUCUUUGAUGGCUCCAGUUUCAGCUCCUGCACCCAAAGCUCCAGAACAGGUCCAGGGCUCCUCAGUGGUUCCCAUCCAGGCUGCACCACCUAAAGCAGCUCCACCACACAUACUGCAGGGAACCAUACCGUCAGGACACAUUCCCAAACCUGUUAUUGUGCCUGACUACAUUGCGAAGUACCCAACGAUCCGGUCCGACGAGGAGCGGGACCAGUACCGAGCCGUGUUUAAUGACCAGUACGCAGAGUACAAAGAGCUCCACUCAGAGGUGCAGGCCACCCUCAAGAAGUUUGAUGAGAUGGACGCCAUGAUGCGCACUCUGCCCCAGCACCCCACCAGCCAGAUGGAGGUUGAUCGCAUCAACAGGAUCCUUCAGGACUACCAGAGGAAGAAAAAUGACCCGACUUUCCUGGAGAAGAAGGAGCGCUGUGAGUACCUGAAAAACAAACUAUCGCACAUCAAACAGAAGAUCCAAGAAUACAAUAAAGUGAUGGAGUGGAACGACGGGUUCGGCUGUGACGGGGAGCGGUGCUCAGCUGGGUGUGGCCUCCUUUGUUUUUAUCAGCAGCUGCAGUUUCAGUUGAGACAUUUCAGGUGCAGCAGAGACACACACAGAGACACACACAGAGACACACACAGAGGGACAGACAGAUUGUUUUUGCAGCACCCAGUGGACCCAGCAGUCAUGUCCUCCAGGCCCAACGGGAGUCCACCUCCCUACGAGUCAGAUACUGGAUAUAACGUUCCUCCCCAGCCGGCCUAUUCCUACUACCCAGAUGAUGAGUUCCAGCAUUUCUACCGCUGGACGUCUCCGCCAGGCAUCCUCAAAAUCAUGGCCAUCAUCGUCAUCGUGAUGUGCGUGGCCAUAUUCGCUUGUGUUGCCUCCACACUGGCUUGGGACAGUCAGGGUGCCCUUGGUGGCUUCGGGGGCAUCGGGGGAGGUUAUGGAGGAACCUAUGGCGGUGGUUACGGUGGCUCAUAUGGUGGCGGCGGCUAUGGUGGUCAGUACGGCAGCUUUGGCGGCGGUGCAUAUGGACCUGGAAACGGCUACGGCUACGGUGGAAUCGGAGGGAACUACAAUGACCCCCGAAAGGGCAAAGGGUUUAUCAUUGCUAUGGCAGCCAUCACCUUCAUCGCCUGCCUGGUCAUCUUCAUCAUCAUCGUGUCUCAUCAGAGCCUAUCGGAGAACAGGAAGUUCUACCUGGCAGUGAUAAUCAUCUGCGCCAUCCUUGCGCUGCUAAUGCUGAUAGCCGCCAUAGUGUACUUGAUGGCAGUGAACCCCAUGGCUCAGUCCGCCGGGUCGGCGUACAGCGGUCAGAUCGCAGGUCUGUGCGCUCAGUUCCAACAACCACAGCCUUCAGGAGUGUUCGUCAAUCAGUACCUUUACCACUACUGCGUCGUGGAGCCUCAAGAGGCCAUCGCGGUGGUGUUCGGCUUCCUGGUCGCCGCCGCUCUCAUCAUCAUGCUCGUCUUUGCUCUGAAGACGCGCCAGAAAAUUGGACACUUCGGGAAGAGCAACAUCCUGUGGAAGAGGGUGAAGCUUGUCGAGGAUGUGCAGCCACCUCAAGAUGUAGAGGCGUGGGUGAACAACGUGUCGGCCACCCCUGAACCGCUGCCGGUGUCGGACUACCCCGAGAAGCUGAGAGGCUCCAGGAGUCACCUGGACGACGAAAGCACCAACUAUGACAAACCUCCCUACGGCUACUCCCCACAUCCUGCAGUGGAAGAGAGUCAGCCUCUGCAGAACGGCGCCCCCUACAGCACCAACUCAGACAUGCCUAGCUCAGCUGGAAGGCCCAAAAAGAGACGUGCAGGCCGACCGCGCCGCGCCGAUGGACAGGACUACGACACCGACUACAACUCCUCAGGAGACGAGCUGGACGACGACGACUUUGACAGAGAGUAUCCACCGAUAGUGGACGAGACGCAGCGCAACGAGUACAAGCGCGAGUUUGACCGCGACCACCAGGAGUACAAGGACCUGCAGGCGGAGCUGGACGCCCUGAAUAAGAACCUGUCAGACGUGGACAGAGAGCUGGACGACCUGCAGGAGGGCAGCCCAGCGUACCUGGAUGCUCUGGAUGAGUACAACAGGAUAAAGAACAUUAAACGGUCUCCAGACUAUCAGAUGAAGAAGCGCAGGUGCAAAUACCUGAAGUCCAAACUGAACCACAUCAAGAAGAUGGUCAGCGAUUUCGACCGCAGGGCCUGAACAACUCCGAGGAUGUUACGCCUGUCCAUGACGGGACAGAAGGGACUAAAUCUGGUUUUGGGGGGGAACGUUUGGAGGCUGUGAGAGGACGAAGCUACGCUGAUCCAACCCAGAGGUUUCCACAGUCUGUCUGAGCUGGUGAAACACUGUAAAGGUUGUUUUAUAAUUUAGAGGCAGAGAAAACAAAGAUUCUGUCUUGUGUUAUGCCGUUGUUUGUUUUAUGAGUAUCACCUGCCAUAGAUACUGUUAUAGGUAUUUAUUAUGCCUCAUUUAAUCUUAAACAGUCUCUUAGAGGAGUUUCUAGAGAGUGAACACAAAUGAAACAUAAUCCCCAAAUUUGUUUUUAAUAGCUCUUGUUUCAAUGACUCAACCUGAGAUGCUCAUUUUGUAAGAUCUUUUUAAUUCUCAUUUUUAAUCCUUUCAGCAUGUAAAUAUGUGGGAAACACGGAUGUUUUUUUUAAGUUUUUAGCAGUUUAUUGAAUUAAGUUCAUGUGUGUGUUGUGGUGUGUUUUUCUUUUAUGGAUGAUAGAAAUGACAGACACUUUUAAAUGCAUGUUUGAUGCAUUGUGUGAUGUACUUUUACAAUGAUUUGUCAGACCUUUUUAUUAUAAUAAAGUCAUUUAUUGAGC